CAACCUGCACACACUGGCCCUUUCUGGAUAAGAUUGGACACCCCUGGCUUGCGUGGUUUCCUUACCGUCUUCGAUGUUAGCUGCACUCCUUUAUGUGUACAUCCAGGAGGACAUUUGUAGUCUGCUGCCAUCUCCCGUUGUAAUGAAGGAAACGCAGGCAGGCUGCAGCAGGAGCUGUGGAUGAGGGCCAAACUGCAGGUCCUCACGUCCCUCAAGCCAGUCAGUGCCAUGAUACCGACGACCGCUUCGUUCCCAAAGUCUCGCACCAGCAGAAUCAACAGUGACGUUGUAAAACCAGAGACUGGAAACUCAAAACCAGCGACCUUGGCCACACCACCUGCUCUCCCGCCUUCAGCUAACCCCUUAAAAGCUUCCCGUACUCAUCAGGAACUGCACAAGGAGCUUCUGCUGGCACACAGAAAUAGGGGUCUGGUUGUGUGCAGCAGGCCAGAGCUGCAGCUGGUUCUGGAGAAGCAGAGGAGGAAGCAGACAGACAGGGAGAGGGGAGAGCAGGACAGGACACCCCUGGAGCAGGUCAUGCUCAGGAGACAGCAGAGAAACCCAGAGCAGGAGAGCCAGCCGGAGGGGGCGGUGAAGGUGAAGGAGGAGCAGCCUCAGCUGCUGGAGUUUGUGAGAGUGCGACAGAACCUCCGCAAGAUUCAUUCAGCUCUCAACAAACCCACAAACUCAGAGGCCCUGCCCAUGGACAACUGACAGACAAGUGCUAUCCCACGGGACCUGCUGAGCGUAGCAGCACACCUGCUAACUUCCUGGGACAGGACAGAGAUGGAACCUCCAGUUGAACCUGACACUUUUUAUUUCUUUCAUGGGCUUUGACAAAGUCUGCACAUUGAGUCAACCCUGCCCCAUCUGAAUCCCACCUGAGGUCUAAUCAGAGUGUCCCUAAUAACCCUAUUAAACUAACUCAAGUAGCUGUAGUUUCCUCAGACGCUCAUUGUAUGAGGGUCAUUAUUUUGAUGGAUUUUGUCUGUUUUUUUUUUGUUGUUUUUUUUCAAUGUUCUCAAUAAGGUCCAACAUGGCACAGGAUCCACUGUAUUGUAAUGUGUUCUAAUGUCUUAAUGCCUUCUUGGCCUGUGUCUUUGGAAGAUUUUACCUGUUUGACAACUGGAAAUUACAGGACAGAUAAGAGCUUUGUAGAAAGGUUACACUGGGUUUUUUUUAGAAACGUAGGACAUUUUUAGAAAGACAUUGUUCCUGUGGCACCUUUGUUCCAAUUAUUGAUUAUGGUAUGUUCUGUACAUGCAUGCCUCUGCUUCAACCCUGAGGCUCUUAAACAGCUCUGCUAUAAACAGAUAGGGUAUCAUGGUGCCUUACAUUUAAUCUCCCAAAAUCUCCAAAAUGCCAAAUCUCUCACUCAUCUUUGUCUUUUGGACAACUCCCUAGCUAUUUAAAUAGCCUUUUUUAACUGGAACACAACUUCUUACAAUCUGUGUUCUCAAAGCCUGCCUUUUUACUGUACAUCACCCUUCCAGAGAAUUUGGAAAGAUGGUUACUUAGUUAUUAGGCCCCAUGGACCUGGAACCAGAAGGACAUUAUGCUGGAUAUGGAGACCUUAAAACUGCAUGACGUUGGUAAUUGUUUUACCUGAAAUGUAUUAUGUAUAAUUUUGGUUUAACUGAUGUCACUUUGUGUGUGGUGUUUUUUGUUGUAAACUGACUGCUUCUUGCUUUUCUU